AUGAACAUUAUUGUUCUGAAAGGAGGGGACGCUGGAGCUUGGUGGGUAGUGAAAGAGCGGGCUUCAUUCGCAAGCGUUAGCGAGCUUAAUAUCUUCGUGGGUUUGGUAAUGGGGUACAUGAAGAUAGUUGAGGUUCGCAAACUCCUAAUCAAAGAAUACAUUGGCAAGGAGCGCCUCCUCAACAAAGCCCACGCCUUAAAUCUUGUCAGGCAAUACAAUAGCAUUCCCGUGCCAGAAGUCUUAGAUUACGGAGGCGACGACAUGGGCCGCACCUUCGUCACAAUGAAGCUCGUCACAAUGAAGCGCAUAUACGGCAUUACACUCGAAAGCAUUAGGAAGGAAUGCCAGAUGCCCUUCAUCACCAACUACGUCCUUCCCCAGCUUCGACAGCUCACGUCCAGCGUGACCGGGCUGGAGGGCUUCGUUCUUCCACCGCCUCGCAUCACCAAGGCAGUUCACAGGGUAGCCUGGCAGCCGAUAAAGGACCUUGCCCGCCACAACAUCAUAGUCUCGCCUAAGACGCGAGAGGUCACCUGCAUCUUUAACUGGGAGCAUGCAGGUUACUUUCCGCCCGAGUUGGAGGUAGAUGCGUGGCGCAUGAAGCAUAGCAAGUAUUUCCAGCUGUUCUCAGGCAAGAAGAGAAUUUAG